AUGAGUACCUCACCCGACUCAGAUCCGGAUCCCCCCGCCCUGCUGGCCUCGGACGGCACGACCAAACCGUAUCACUCCAAAAGGCCACACAAAAAGACACGGUCCGGCUGCAAGACGUGCAAGGCGCGCAAGGUCAAAUGCGACGAGGGCCGCCCGGCAUGCCGCAACUGCGUCCUGCGCAAGGUCGACUGCCUCUAUCCCGUCACCGCCGCGUCCGCCAAGUCGGCCACUCUCAAGCGCACCAUCACGCCUCGCACCCCCACCUCGGAGCCAUCGACGUCCAUAGUGGCCAGUCCCGAGACGAGCCGCCGCCCGUGGGAGCCGAGUCCCAUCAUCGAGCCCUUGUACAUACCGCCGGGUCAGCAUGAUGCCCUCGACAUGAAGCUGCUCUGGUUCUACACCACCAACACCUUCAACUCCUUUCUCACGCCCAGGGACAAGGGCGAGCGCGUCAACGAGAUCCUCCGCGUCAAGAUUCCCUCCUACGCCUUUGAGAACCGUUUUCUCAUGGACUGCCUGCUCGGCCUGUCUGCCCUUCAGCUGGAGAACCUCAACCAGGAGGUCGACCCGUCGCGCGCCCUCUACUAUCGCUCGUGCGCCUUUGAAGGCUACCGCAAAGCCAUCGAAAAGGCCGACGUCGAGACGUUCCCCGCCCUCAUCGCCUGCUCUCUCCUGCUCGUCGCUCUGUCGUCCCAGAUGUUCCGCGAGGUCACGACGAAGCGCCUGCACAUACUCGACUGGAUGGUCGUCUGGCGCGGCAUCGGUCUCAUGAUCCGGCUCGCGAGCCCCCGCAAGCUCUGGGAGGCCGGCCUCGCCGAGCUCUUCUUCCGCCCGCCCAUCGACCUCAACUCGUCGUCGCUGCACAUCCCCAACAACCUGCUCUUCAUGGUCUCCACCAUCCGCGACGACGACCCCGACCACGCCCACGUCGACACCUACUACCACUGCCUGCAGUACCUCGGCUCCCUGUACCAGGAGCUGCGCCAGGGCCUCAGCUCCAUCCUCAACAUCCGCGCCAUGACCUGGUUCACCUUUGUGCCGCCCGACUUUGUCGAGCUCGCCAAGCUGCGCCGCCCGCGCGCCCUCGUCAUCAUUGCCCACUACGCCAUGUUUGUCAAGGUCGUCGACACCAUCUGGUGGCUGCGCGGCGUCGGCGACACGAGCAUCCGCGACAUCCUCGAGCACCUCGACCACGACGACUUUGACGACGCCUGGGAGGACCUGCUCGCCACGCCCCGCGCCGCCCUGCGCACCGACCGCCCCGUCGACACGGCCAAGGUCAUCCUCAACGACCCCGUCUGGCUGCCGCCCGCCACCGACGAGACGCUGUGCCCAGAGGAGGCCUCGCGCCUGCCCCUCAUGCUGUCGCUCGUCAGCCAGCGCGGCAGGCUCAUGCGCUACGACAGGGAGUCGGGCUGCCACGUCGAGCUCGACGACGGACCCGUCCUGGACGUCGCCACCAACAUUGAAAGCUACAUGUGCGGCAACAAUCUCCGCAGGGCGGACCCGAGCCUGGCGACGCACGAUGGCACCGAGGACUUGGAGGACGGGCCCUUCGCCGUCUUUCAGAGGAUCCCCUUGCGAUGA